UCAGCUCUUUCAGCUGAUCAAAACGAUUUUCAAUACAGUUUACGUGCUACUUGUUUUAGGAGUAGGUAUUUUAAAUAGUUUUGUAAUUAUUUUUAAUUCGUUUUUUUUUUUCAUUGUCAGUUAGCUGAUCUUGAACCUGCCUCGUCGUCCCCAAUUAUUCGCUUUACAACUUUAAACGUUUGUAUGGAAAACAGACGAGCUACCCUCAAAUCAGCUGAUAAUAUCGAGAUUGUGAUGUCAGCGGAAAUUUCGGGAAACGUGAAGAAAGCGGUCCGUUACUAAACCUAAACACACAGGCCGCCGACGUUGCGUCUGGACACGCUAGUCUACAGUACUGACGUAUUUUUAAAUCAUGCCCCCAGGAAAAAAUUUUAGGAGGAGGAAAGAGGAUUCAUCCGACGAGGAAGAUGAUGAGACAAAAGCCGUGGUCAGGCUACAUGCAGAUGCCUGUUCAUAUUUUCUAAGGUCCAAACUGGAUGAAGCUAAGGAGCUUCAAAGUUUACGAAAAAGGCAGCAUGGAGUAAGCAUUGCAACGUUACUUGUAGGAGAGAAGCUUCCUUUGGAGGCUGAGAUUGAGGACGACCCAUUUAAACUGAAGACUGGAGGUGUUGUUGACAUGAAGAAAGUGAAAGACAGAAACCGAGACAUGACAGCAGAUGAAAACGACCUGAAUCUUGGUACCUCCUUUUCUGCUGAGACUAACAGACGAGAUGAAGAUGCAGACAUGAUGAAGUACAUUGAGACCGAAUUAAAGAAAAAGAAAGGCAUGGUGGAGGCGGAAGAGCAGAAAGUGAAGGUGAAGAAUCCAGAGGACCUCCUGUACGAGCUUCCAGAGAGCAUCCGUGUCAGCUCUGCCAAAAAGACUGAAGAGAUGUUGUCCAAUCAAAUGCUGAGUGGAAUUCCAGAGGUGGAUCUGGGGAUAGAUGCAAAGAUAAAGAACAUCAUCAGCACAGAAGAAGCCAAAUCAAAGCUUCUUGCGGAGCAGAGGAAUAAAAAGAAGGACAGCAGGACCUCCUUUGUUCCCACUAACAUUGCUGUAAAUUACGUCCAGCAUAAUCGCUUCUAUCAUGAGGAUGUAAAUGCUCCCCAGAGACGGCACAGAGAAGAACCCAAAGCCAGGCCACUACGAGUAGGAGACACCGAGAACCCUGUGCCUGAGACUUCACCACCUAAUUACCGCAAGAGGCCUAAUAACGAGAAGGCCACAGAUGACUACCACUAUGAGAAAUUCAAGAAGAUGAACCGACGAUACUAGUCCUCUACCAUUGUUACAGUCAACCGAAUUUCUUUCUUUAAAAUAAGAAUGUAAAUAUUUUUUACUGUCUUCAUAGCUUGCAUACAGUCAUAAACAUUUUACAAUAGCCCCCCCCCCCCCUCCCCCCCCGUUCAGUCUUGGCUGUAAAUUAGUCUUUGGUCUUGCUUAACAUUUAACAAGAACAAUGAACUGCACAUAUCAAUACAAUUAAUCAUCAAUUUAACAACAUAUCCCAUCAAAUAAAUCGUUAAUGCAUUUAUUCCUCCUAAAAACAAUGCCGUCCUAGUUUUUGUUCAAGAAACGUAUUGCUUAUGGCUCAAAGGUUUGUUUAUAUAUUGUUUUAGUUGCCUUCAGUGUCCUAUAAUGGUGCCCAGAUGGUAACUAUUUGAAGGCAUAGGUCAGAGGGUGUUAUAAGUCCACUUAUGGCCAAAGCUUUCCUCCUACCUGCCAUAUCAUACAGCUGAUCAGUUGACUUUAUAUUAUUCACUCAUAAAAAUGUUAUUUUUAUUCUACAUAUUUUGCUAAUGAAACAGAAUAUUAUAACCUCUAUUAGAGUUACAACAUUACCUUACCUUUUCACUUGGAUGUCUUUUACCAAUCUAAAAUGAAAAGUUUGUGCUAAGAUAGCACCUCUAUAAAAUAGGUUGUUUAGAAAGUAUCCAGCCAUGUAAUAUGAAAAAUACCAGAUGAGAGAUGCAAUAUGAUGAGAACAGCUGUAGCUAUGGGCAACCGGUGACAAGCAAUUUCAUCAUGACAAUGUGCCCACCUGUACGUCAUAUCUCGUGUAGUUUUUUUGAGCGAAACAUCAGAUCACCCAGGUGACUCAGCCCCCACAGCACAAAUCACCUUUGAAGGGGACUGGGGCAUCAUUGGGGAGACAUAUGGGGAAGUCGUGGCCUAAUGGUUAGAGAGUUGGACUCCCAAUCGAAGGGUUGCGAGUUUGAGUCUCGGGCCGGACGGAAUUGUAGGUGGGGGGAGUGCAUGUACAGUUCUCUCUCCACCUUCAAUACCACGACUUAGGUGCCCUUGAGCAAGGCAUCAAACCCCCAACUGCUCCCCGGGCGCCGCAGCAUAAAUGGCUGCCUACUGCUCCGGGUGUGUGUUCACAGUGUGUGUGUGUGUUCACUGCUCUGUGUGUGCCUAUUUCGGAUGGGUUAAAUGCAGAGCACAAAUUCUGAGUAUGGGUCACCACACUUGGCUGAAUGUCACUUCACUAUUGUCCUAUGUACAAUGUCUCGUAUAUCUUCUUCGAUAAAUGUCUAUUUUAUAUGACUGGAUACUUUCCAGACAGCUUUCACAUGAAUGUCUGUAUGUAUGUAUUGGUGUUGUGUUAAUAUACAUAUGAACCCAAAAAAAGACAAAAAGCAAACACUUCCUUCGCAGUCCCAUUUUGAAAAAGUGAACAGCAUUACAGUGCACAUGUACUAUGUAACAUACAAUAAAAUUGAACAGUGUAACAGCUAAAUUUACUCCAAAA